UCCGGCAAACGCGCGCAACUUGAUUCAGGAAGUACGUGUUUAAGAUUUCAGCUCGUCUUCGUGUUUGAAAGAAAUAGUUCACAAAUCCACAAACCUCCUGUAUGUUUGGAUACUAAGGACAAUAAUUAAUUGGAAAAUGUCCGGUAGUACCGAGACAGCAAACAUAUCGUCGCUUGGGAAGGGUGACACUUUGCAUCAACAGGUCCUCGCCUCCUUUCCACUGUGUCACAUGACUGAAGAAGAUCUGAUCCAGAACCCGCAGUUUUGUAAACUCCUGGCCACUCUGGCACAGCAUGUGGAUCAAACCGGACUCACCGCUCCGCUGAAAACAGAGCUGGACAAGGCUGAAAAGAAGCUGCAGAUUCAGAAACUUCAAUGGCUGCGCUCCGAGAGCCUGCACAGAGGGCUGCAGGAGAUGAUCCAGAACCACUGUGUCAGGAAGCACCAUGCCACUGUACCCCCUGACCAGAACAUGUUCUAUGAGACGAUGGAGAGGUGUCUACUGGUGGCUCAGUGUGUCAGGCAGCUGGAUCCCAGUAACACAACAAACCAGGACCAGCCGUCGGUCCUGGGCCUGACCCCCCAGCUCGUGAUGGAGCUCAUGCCUUCCGAGAAGAAUGUACAAAGUCUGAAACAGGGUCUACCAAGACAGCUGGAGAAACAUCUCAAAGAAAAGUGUCUGAGCCUUCUCUCUUACUAUCAGCCUGAAUGGGAGCAUGAGAGCGAGGGUCUAAAGAUGGCCAAGCUGUCUCAUCUGUCAGCACAGCUGGACAAAGAGAAGAAAAGAGCAGAAAGUCUGAAGGAGACGUGCAGAGAAAACACGGUUCUUCUGCAGAGACAUACUGAGCUCUACCUCACUGAGCUGACAAAGUGCAUUCAGCUUUUCCAGUCUUUCAUCUUGAACCACAGGCUGAAGAUCCAGACAGAUCUGGAAAGGAAGAAAUUGGAUUACUUUGAAGGCAAAUGUGAAUUAAUCUUGCAGAAGAUAAAGGCGGAGAUGGUGGAAAUCCAGCUGGAUACAUACACGCCUGACUCGAUUUCUGCUCACAGAAAAAUAAGGGAGAAGCUGGAGUCUGAGCUGAAGGCGUGUAAAGCGGAAAAGCAGUCUGUCGAGUUAAAGCUGGCCUCCUUCGAGAUCUUGGGCAAAGACUUUGAGGCGCUGGCCGAGGAGUACUGCAGAUUACGGCAGGAGAUGGAGAUGAAGAACUGGGCACUGAAAGAAUUCACCCAGUAUAACGACUAAGUGAAGGGCGUAUCUGAUGCUGACACAUGCCAGCCUUGCCCUCAUCCCGCUCUGGAAUUCCACAGAAUGACAUGCUGGCUUUUAAUUGUUGGACACUGUGGUGUGACGUGAAUCAAAUAAAGUUGGCUCUGAACAUUG